AUGCCCCUGCACGGCAAAGGUUCUUUGCCGCACGGCAAAGAAGGCCGCACGGCAAAGAGUGAGGAUAAGGCGCGGUGUCGGGACGUCCUGAGCCAGAAAACCUUCUCCCCAUCCUCCACGCACACGACGCCGCCGCAUCGACCUCCCCACACACGACGCCGCCGCCGCCACCUCGACCACGCCGCCGCCGCCACCUCGACCAUGCCGCUGCUGCCCGGCCCCACGACCACGCCGCCGCCACCUGCUGCUCCUCCCGAGCGCCGCCGCUGCCCGGCCCCACGACCACGCCGCCGCCACCUGCUGCUCCUCCCCGGCCCCCACGACCACGCCGCCGCCACCUCCUCGCUCCUCCCAGCCGCCGCUGCCCCCGCCACGACCACGCCGCCGCAGCCCCUUCCCCCGGCCACCUACGGCAGUCCUCCCCCACGCCGUCGCCGCCACCUCCUGCUCCUCCCGGCCGCCGCUGCCCGGCCCCACGACCACGCCGCCGCAGCCCCUUCCCCGGCCACCUCCUCGCAGUCCUCCCCCACGCCGUCGCCGCCUUGCGCGCACGCAGUGCGGUCCUCCCAAGCCCUCGCAUAUGUGAAGCUUUGA